UUUGAUUUUUCAGUGGAAUAAGAGUUGCUUUGGAUGAAACUUUCUUGUGCAUUUGAAAUUCGCGCCAACUCAGUGCAGCAGCUAAGUGCGAGCGGGACAGCUCUAUAGGUACGCCAGAGCAGUGCUGAAAAACGAAGACGGGGUAAACAGUGCUGAGCAGCAGCGAAAUUCGAACUUUGCACCACAGCUGAUUCAGUCGGUUCCGGAGAGUUCUGCCGGAUUAAUUUACUGAUAUGGCUCAGGCUCUAAAGUUGUACUACGACUUCCUGUCGCCGCCAUCGCGAGCUGUGUGGCUCGCACUCAAAUUGAGCAAAACGCAAUUUGAAGCCUGCCCCGUGGCGCUGCGCAAACGUGAGCAGUUGACCGAUGAGUACAAGAAGAUCAAUCGCUUCCAGAAGUUGCCCGCACUGGUGGAUGGGAGCUUCCACCUUUCUGAGAGCGUGGCCAUGAUCCGUUAUCUUGCGGAUAAGAAUAAACUGAGCCAGCAGAUUUAUCCCAAGGAUCUGGAGACGCGUGCUCGUGUGGAUGAGUAUUUGAUGUGGCAGUUCCGAAACGUGCAUGUGCCCUGUGGCACAUACUUCCUAAAGGGUUGGCUAUUGCCCAUCAAUGGACUCGCGCCCAAGCCCAAGCCGGAGGUGGUUGCCAAACUUGUGAAAGAUGUUGAGACCAGUCUGGAUCUCCUAGAGCGCUUCUGGAUGAACGAUGAUUACUUGGUUGGCGACAAGCUCACAGUGGCAGAUUUAUCGUGCUCCUCUGAGAUAGAACAGCUGAGACUCUGCCAGUUCCAUGUGAACGAACGACAAUUCCCAAAGGUGGCCAAGUGGCUAGAGCGCGUGCGCAUCGCAUCCAAGCCCUACAAUGAUAUCGCCUACGAGUUCGUUAACCAAAAGGCUAAGCAGGCAGCUAAGCUGUAAGCCGAUCUAGUCUAGCUCCCUUACUUUUCCCUGCCUUUUUAGUCUAAUUGUGCCUGAGUGUAUUUAAUUUAUGUUCUGUCUGUUUUACUAGCUUUAAGCAGAUUCUAACUGUCUGCAUAGGUAAUCUUCAUAUAGUUCAACUUUAUCGUUUGUUUCUAUUUGAAAUUUGUGUUAAACUGAUUCUUUUUACAACAUUAAAAAUUAUGUUUUAUAAAUAUGUACUACAAUAAAACGUAUAACUAAUCAA